UACAUUCUCUGCGUUCGCCUGAAGGACAGCCUUGAGGAGGCUGGUCAGUAUCGCCUGGACUCGGUAGUGAACGGCCUUUUUGAAGGCCCCCCAAUGCCCAUCAGGACUAUCGAGGGGGGUUCUACCGUGGCGUUGGACGCCCACCGAUUGCUGGGACUUUCUCCGGGUGCAAAUUUGCCGGUAGGUUUUAACGAUCCAGUGACUUUUGACGUCUUCAGCGCGGUC